AUGGCACAGAUCAAGCUUGCACCCGUUUUGUUCCUCGAUGGAGGGUUAGGAACAUCUCUCGAGGAUAAAUACGGCGUCAAGUUUGAUGAAAAUACCCCAUUAUGGUCGUCUCAUCUUCUUAUUGAUGAUCCCGAGACCCUCCGUUCAUGCCAAGGGGAUUUUGGCAGUAUCCCCGUCGAUAUAUUGCUAACAGCAACAUAUCAAGUAUCCGCGGAGGCUUUCGCACGAACCAAAACUCCCAAUCAUCCUCUGGGUAUUUCCCGCGAUGAUAUUGUACCCUUUCUUGAUGUUGCUGUUUCCAUUGCCGAGGAAGUCAAGGUGCCCAAUGCUCACAUUGCUCUAAGUAUCGGGCCAUAUGGAGCAACUAUGGUUCCGAGUCAAGAAUAUGGUGGUAAAUACGAUGCAGAACAUGACUCACUAGAAAAGCUUCUCAAUUGGCAUAAAGACCGCUUUCAAUUAUUCGACCAGAUCGAUCGCCUUGGAUCUCGUAUUGGAUUCAUCGCAUUUGAAACUGUCCCCAGGCUCGACGAAAUCAAAGCCAUCAGAAAGCUCUUCACGCGUGCACCACCAAGCGGUUUUAAUACGCCCUCAGUUCUCCAUGGGGAUAUCCCAUUUUGGAUAUCUUGUGUAUUUCCUGGAGAUGGAUACACUCUCCCCGAUGGUAGUUUUGUCGAUCAAGUGGUCGAUGCGCUCCUAAGCUCGGAGUAUUCGGAUAUUACCCCAUGGGGAAUUGGCAUCAAUUGCACAAAGGUGGCCAAGGUCGCCGAACUGGUUUAUUUGUAUGAAAGUGCUAUUUCUCGAUUGGCAAGUACUGGCAAACUCAAAGCCCAACCUAGCCUGAUUCUUUAUCCCGAUGGAACCAACGGCGAAGUAUACGACACCACAACAAAAACUUGGCGCGCACCAACUAGCCAACCACUUUCCACAUCUUCGUGGGAGCACCAAGUUGCUGACGUGGUCGUCCACGCUCGAAAUCAGCAGUGUUGGAGAUCCAUCGUAGUUGGCGGUUGUUGCAAGGCCAACCAUGACAACAUUAGAAGGCUUCGUGCCAUUAUUCGCGGUACCUAG